AUGAAGGAGGAGUCUCAAAUAGAAUUAGCUUACCAACAUAUUCUACCACAACAACCACACCAGAAUGAAGGAACCACCUCUCAAAAUCGACCCUAUAAUUCUUAUCAAUCUGAAAAGUCAGGAUUCAGCGUACUUGACAUUAAGGCUUUGGUGGAAAGUGCGCUUGAACAGGCUAAUUUUGAACCGGAAGUAGUUUAUGCUGCCGCACAAUUGUUGCUGUUAUCGAACCCUGAUACGAAUGGUGGCUACUUUGUUGAUUCAAGUUCAGGUAUCUUGGAUGUUGCUUCAAAUCGACCGAGUGCUAUGUCUUUGUCAAAUUUGCUCUUGCCGGAUGACGCUGGUUCUUCAUCAAAAGCUACGUGA